CAGUGGGCGGAGCCUGCGGAAGUCCUGACGGGAAGGUCUUUUUGUUUGGGCCGCAGAGAGACUCAUCACUUUGGUUUGAUUCCCCUGGUUCACAACCGUUUUUUAUCUGCAUUAAUUUCGGGUGUCUUUUAUGAAUAAUCAAAAGCAGCAAAAGCCAACGCUAACCGGCCAGCGUUUCAAAACGAGGAAAAGAGAUGAAAAGGAGAGAUUUGAACCUUCUCAGUUUCAAGAAAGUAUCGUACAAGGCUUGAAUCAAACUGGCACUGAUUUGGAAGCGGUCGCGAAGUUCCUUGAUGCCUCUGGCUCCAGGCUUGACUACCGCCGAUAUGCAGAGACACUCUUUGACAUCCUGGUGGCCGGCGGGAUGCUGGCCCCAGGCGGGACUCUAUCUGAGGACAUGACCCGCACAGAGUACUGCCUCUUUACGGCACAAGAAGACCUGGAGACCAUGCAAGCAUAUGCUCAGGUUUUUAACAAGCUGAUCAGGCGUUACAAGUACCUGGAGAAGGGUUUCGAGGAGGAGAUCAAGAAGUUGCUGCUGUUUCUAAAAGGGUUCACUGAGUCUGAGCGCAACAAGCUGGCCAUGCUGACCGGCAUCCUGCUAGCCAAUGGCAACCUAUCAGCCUCCAUCCUGAACAGCCUCUUCAACGAGAACCUCGUCAAAGAAGGAGUAUCUGCAGCCUUCGCCGUCAAGCUGUUCUCAACUUGGAUCAAUGAGAAGGACAUCAACUCAGUUGCUGGUAGUCUCCGCAGAGUCGGCAUGGACAACAGGCUGAUGGAACUCUUUCCUGCCAACAAACGGAGCUGCGAGCAUUUUUCUAAGUACUUCACCGACGCCGGGCUAAAGGAGCUGUCCGACUUCGCCCGAAACCAGCAAUCCAUCGGCGCCCGCAAGGAGCUGCAGAAGGAGCUCACGGAGCAGAUGUCCCGUGGUGACCCUCAGAAGGAGAUUAUCGCCUUCACCAAAGAGGAGAUGAAAAAGGCCAACCUCUCAGAGCAGACCAUGAUCAGCAUCAUCUGGACCAGCGUGAUGAGCUGCGUGGAGUGGAACAAGAAAGAGGAGCUGGUGACCGAACAAGCCAUCAAACACUUGAAGCAAUACAGCCUCCUGCUGAAAGCCUUCACCUCCCAGGGUCUGUCCGAGCUCAGCCUGCUGCUGAAGAUCCAGGAGUACUGCUACGACAACAUCCACUUCAUGAAGGCCUUUCAGAAGAUCGUGGUGCUGUUCUACAAAGCGGAUGUAUUAAGCGAAGAGGCCAUACUGAAGUGGUACAACGACGCCCACCUUGCCAAGGGGAAGAGCGUUUUCCUCGAGCAGAUGAAAAAAUUUGUGGAGUGGCUGAAAAACGCGGAGGAAGAGUCUGAAUCUGAAGAGGAGACGGACUGAAAACCUCCACCGCCAGAUGAGCUUUUGUUUUUUCUUUUUUUUUUUUUUAUAAGUAGCAGCAGGAGCAGUAAAGCGUCUUUUCCCUUCUUUCUAUUCUACCUCCUGUUACUUAUUCUUUAUCCCCUCAAAACAAACACAUUCUUCCACCUCUAAAAGAUUUAAAUGUUAUUUUUAACUCCAUGAAAAGGGCUCUGUCCUGAUUCGUAACCUGUUUUGGUCACGUGGUAAUCGCUAAAUCCCUCAUCUUUAUUUUUCGGUCUUAUUCUUGUCGUAAUUUGGAUUAAAAAAAGAAAAAAACAUUCCAUGUGAUCUCGAUGGCCGCCGCUUCGACGGAUCUUUGAUUCGUGUGAGUCGCGUAUUUGCCACGCGACAAGGCAGACGAUAAAUAUUUUUGCCAAAGUUUAUUUUUCAGAUUUUUAUCCCCCCUCUGAGUUUUUAUGAUUUCGCCCAGCUCAUGUUUUGGCUCCUGUCGGGUCUGAAACUUCUCGCCUUCUCUCUUUUCGGGUAAACCUGUACCGCGUGUCAAGGUCGCUACUUCUGAAGACACGCCCCCGUAAGAUGCCUCGCCAGCUAACGGAUUAUUAUUGGUUUCUACUUUCUUUAAUCUGAUAUAAACCGAUUGACUUUUUUAUGAAAUAAAGAUUAUUGAAAUGUU